AGGUUAUGCUAGGAUACCCUAGGGAGUAUUGGUCAUUGAACCAUCCUCUCCAACUCGCGCCCAUGUUACAAUCUUGAGGCUGUAAGGAACUGAACAUGUUUAUCAUGUUUCUCAUGCUCGUUGGUCCAUUGGUUCGAAUCAAGAGAGAUUGAAAUUGAAUUGGAUAUGGUUUCACAGCAACGUCAUUGGUGUCAUGGAUUGUGCCGUCUCAGCCACAGACUUUUACCAAAUUGGUCUGGGGCAUUUGCAUCGUGGGGACCUCCGUGCUGCCUAUGAGGAGUUUCGAGAGGCGACUCGGAUAGAUCCAACAAAUUUCGAGAUAUGGCAGAAAUACGAAGAAACCUACCGGGAAGUCGAAGGGGACAUCGAGAUUCAGCAUAGGAAUCGUACACCUAUAGAGACUGAGACCUGGGAGCGUGGCAAAGCUCCGAGGCAUUUUACUUUGAAGGUCACGAGAAGUGCUUCUCUCUUCGAAGAAGUUGGUGAAGAUGUUGAUGAUUCACAUGCACGCGCAGUCUUUCUUCGAGGAGGCAGUCUUUUCACAGAUUGGAAACCGGAGGAACAAGCAGCUGAAGACAAUCUGGAGAUGGUGACCCGAAGUCCUCGACUUUACUUUUCUGUGCUGCUGGCUUGGUUGGGAACAUUUCUCUUGGUCAUUUACCAUCUUCGUGCCAGAGUUCCAGACAAGGAGAUGCCUGUUUGGGAGAUAUGCCUGUGGAUCCUUUUAGCUUUGGCAGCUCUGGUUUAUAUAGUCCGGCGUCACCGACAGCAACCGUUUCGGGUGAGUGCCUCUGACGUGAUUAAGAUCUUGUGUGUCCUCGUCGUAUUUGUCUGUACUUUGUAUCACAUCUCUCAACAAAGUAUGCCAAAGGUGCAGCAUACAACCUCAGCGCCGAAACUCCACGGUGAGUGAAAAA